UUGUCUUGGUAGAAAUUACUCUGUACAGUCUCUGAAGCUGUGGCUUUAGAUAAAUAAAUUGUACUAGUGCUUUCUAAAAUAAUUGUUAUAGAAUAUGGAAGAAAUUGGAAUUAUUCUACCCGAAAAGGAUGAGCAAGUCAUCGACACUAAGGCACUCACUGGACCUCAAUCCUUUGACGAACUGGAAUCUGAAGAUUUAUAUACGAAAUAUAAGAAACUACAGCGUAUGUUAGAAUUUUUAGAGGUACAAGAAGAAUACAUCAAAGAUGAACAAAGGAAUUUGAAAAAAGAAUAUCUACAUGCUCAGGAAGAGGUGAAACGCAUACAGUCAGUGCCAUUGGUAAUUGGACAGUUUUUGGAGGCAGUCGAUCAAAACACUGGGAUAGUUGGCAGCACCACAGGUUCAAACUACUAUGUGCGCAUUCUAUCAACAAUAGAUCGUGAACUGCUCAAGCCCUCAGCAUCUGUAGCUCUGCACAAGCAUUCUAAUGCUCUUGUGGAUGUACUCCCACCUGAAGCAGACAGCUCAAUUUCUAUGCUGCAAGCCGAUGAGAAACCUGAUGUCCAGUAUUCAGAUAUAGGUGGUAUGGACACACAGAAGCAAGAAAUAAGAGAAGCAGUUGAAUUGCCCUUGACACAUGUUGAGUUAUACAGACAAAUUGGUAUUGAACCCCCACGAGGUGUGCUUAUGUAUGGACCACCCGGAUGUGGCAAGACCAUGUUAGCCAAAGCUGUGGCUCAUCAUACCACAGCUGCAUUCAUUCGUGUGGUCGGUUCCGAAUUCGUGCAAAAGUACCUGGGCGAGGGGCCGCGUAUGGUUCGUGAUGUCUUCCGUCUAGCCAAGGAGAACAGUCCAGCUAUUAUAUUUAUUGAUGAGAUAGAUGCUAUCGCAACUAAAAGAUUUGAUGCCCAAACUGGCGCUGAUAGGGAGGUCCAGAGAAUCUUGCUGGAGCUUUUAAAUCAAAUGGAUGGUUUCGAUCAAACCACCAAUGUUAAAGUAAUAAUGGCUACAAAUCGUGCUGAUACUUUGGAUCCUGCCUUGCUUCGUCCUGGACGUCUCGAUAGGAAAAUUGAAUUCCCACUUCCUGACAGACGUCAAAAACGACUGAUAUUUUCAACUAUUACGGCGAAAAUGAACUUAUCUGAAGAGGUUGAUCUGGAGGAGUUCGUAGCGCGACCGGACCGUGUCUCUGGCGCUGAUAUCAACGCCAUAUGCCAAGAAGCAGGCAUGCACGCUGUUCGAGAGAACAGGUAUAUUGUGUUGCCGAAAGAUUUUGAAAAAGGAUACAAGAAUAACAUCAAAAAAGAUGAGAGUGAAUAUGAAUUUUAUAAAUAAGCUUUGUUGUCUCAUUAUAUUUUAAUGCAAAAUUAUAUAUUAACUUAAAAA